GAUACUAACUUGGGCUGCGGCUCCACUAGUAGAACACUGACUUGAAACUGGGUAUUCUGGAUGCUGCAGGUAUACAGAUACGCAGGCUCUGGACAGGAGUCGCGGAGGACUGCGUCUUUUGAGGACCUAGCACGGUGUUGCUAGAAAUAAGCUGGGGGUGAAGUAGAAUUACAAAAUCCAGUGGGUGGGGCAGGGUAACAAGUCAGGUGAUCUUUAGUUGACACCCUAUUGGGUUCUCACCUGAAAGAUGAGUGGAUGGUAAUUAGCUGGGUCACAGGCAGUGGUGAGCAUUUCACCAAGAGGAACCGGCUUGUGAAGAGGUACUGGAGUUGAAACAAAAUGGCAAAAAGUCUUUUGAUGACAUCAUCUCUGUCUUCAAGGACAAAACUAUUGCAGCUAACAGGAGUGUCACUUUAUAAUACUUCUCAUGGUUUCCAUGAGGAAGAGGUGAAAAAGAAACUUCAGCAGUUUCCUGGUGGAUCUGUUGACCUUCAGAAAGGAGACAAUGGCAUUGGUAUACUGACUCUGAACAACCCCAGUAAAAUGAAUGCCUUCUCAGGUGUUAUGAUGUUACAACUUCUGGAAAAAGUGAUUGAAUUGGAAAAUUGGACAGAAGGCAAAGGCCUCAUUGUUCGUGGGGCAAAAAAUACUUUCUCGUCAGGAUCUGACUUGAAUGCUGUGAAAGCCCUAGGAACUUCUGAGGAUGGAGUGGCCUUGUCUAUGUUCAUGCAAAACACCUUAACAAGAUUUACUAGACUACCUUUAAUAAGUGUUGCACUAGUCCAAGGUCGGGCAUUGGGUGGAGGAGCAGAAUUUACUACAGCUUGUGAUUUCAGGUUAAUGACUGCAGAGAGUGAGAUCAGAUUUGUCCACAAGGAGAUGGGUAUAAUCCCAAGUUGGGGUGGUGCCUCCCGGCUGGUCGAAAUCAUUGGUAGUAGACAAGCUCUCAAAGUGUUAAGUGGAGCUCUCAAACUGGAUUCCAAAAAAGCUUUAAAUAUAGGAAUGGUUGAAGAGAUCUUGCAAUCUUCAGAUGAAACUAAAUCUCUAGAAGAGGCACAAGAGUGGCUAAUGCAGUUUAUCAAUGGGCCACCAGAAGUCAUUAGAGCUAUGAAAAAGUCUGUUUGUUCAGGCAAAGAACUAUAUUUAGAAGAGGCAUUACAGAAUGAGAGGGAUCUCUUAGGAACAGUGUGGGGUGGACCUGCAAAUUUAGAGGCUAUUGCUAGGAAAGGAAAAUUUAAUAAAUAGCUCUUAAAAACAUGGAUGUACUACAAGUAAAGCUCCAAUGGUUAAUAUGCAUGAAGGUUAAAAUUACUUAAUAUGAACAGCAGAA